CAUCCUCCGUCGCCACCCAUCCCAUCUACGCGCCUUCGCGACACGCGGGCGCACCGCUGUGGUGGAGUCCUUGUCGGGCGGCCGCUUAAAUGAAUGAAUCUUGAACCAAACCGGGAGGCGGCGACCAGGGGCGGGAGCUGUCAGCCUCCAGUUCUCCCAGAGGGGGAGCAACUCCAGCAUUCUGUCAGCGUGUGGCCUUUCCCUGGGCCGGCUGCAACUGAGGCCCUUCGAGCUGUGCUGAGUCAGGAGCGGCGGCAGGAGCGCAGGACGGAGACGAGCCAGAUAUCGGGGCGGGAAUCAGGGCAGCGGAGAGCGUGAGCUAACUCGCCUCCAUGUCUUCGCCUGUCAAUAAGAGAUCUGGUUCCAGCCCUCACAGAUUCAACCCCCUGAAGGCCCUGAAGCCUAAAUGGCGCUUGCAGCAAAUGCUGCCCUGCCCCUCCUCAGCGCCUCCUUUUGACUAUUGCAGGUUUAUAGAGCUAGACUACAGUCCCAUGGAAGCAGGCAUUAUGGUCUCUAUGAGGCAGAGCCGAGGAUUUCUGACCCCAAGGUCUCCGGAUCGCCACUGUCGGCAGAGCCCUGCGCCUGUCAGUAACCGUGAUCCCUAUGGCAACGCCUCACUCAGCAGUAGCAGCAACUCAGGCUCGUGCAAGGGCAGUGAUGGAAGCCCCACCCACAGACGUCAUAUGAAGUACACCUCCUGCACAGAUAACCAUGGUAUCAAACCCCCUCCCCCUGAGCAGUACCUUACCCCUCUGCAGCAGAAGGAGGUGUGCAUCAGACAUCUGCGAGCACGGCUCAAAGAUACCAUUGAAAGGCUCCAGGACAGGGACACAGAGAUCGAUGAACUGCGGACCCAGCUGUCACGGAUGCAGGAGGACUGGAUCGAGGAAGAGUGCCACCGUGUGGAGGCACAGCUGGCCCUGAAGGAGGCGCGCAGGGAAAUCCAGCAGCUCAAACAGGUGAUCGACGUGGUGCGCUCCAGCCUGGGUGAGACGGACACGGGCGUGCAGAAGUGUUUCCAGGACAUCAACCUGCAGAACCACAGGCUGGAGACUCUGCUGCAGAGCGCGGAGCUGGCCCAGUGUGGCGCAGCCAAGGAGGCCAAGGAAGCCCUGGGCCGGGGAGGGGUGGUGGGGGCAGGGCUGGGGGUCACCGAGGGCCCAGCGGGGUCGUGCGUGGGCUCGCCGGCGCACUCGUUGACUCGCAGCUCUACCUACACCAAGCUGAGUGACCAGGCGGCAGCGACAGAGCAGGAGGUCGAGGGCAGCAUAAGCGGAUCGGACGUGCCGUGCCUGUCGGGCGAGGGCACGCAGGACAGCGGUUUCGUGUGCUGCGGGGAGGUGGGGGGCCCCAGUGCCCGGGCCGAGCUGCUGCUGGAGGCCGCCUGUCUGCAGGAGGAGGCGGCCUCGCUGCUGAGCGCCUGCUCACGCCUGCCGCACUCAGCCACCUGUGAGGCGCUGGGCUACGGAGAACCCCGGAGACCGCCGCUCCGCUGCGGCCUGAGCAGGAUGCCGCAGGGUGUUGGCGUGAGCGUUAGCCACCCCUGCCUGUCGCACCACCACCUGUACCUGCACCACCUGCGCGAGCAGGGCAUCCAGACGGAGCACGACAACGGGCCAGUAUCGGCCCCGGCUCAUGGCCUUGCCGGUGCCCACUCCGAGCUGGACACCAUCGCCGAGCGCACGUUCCGCUCGCAGGCCUGCAGUCCCACGUCCACCUGGCUGUCAGAUGAGGGGGAUGACCUGGACUCGGUCACCACGGAAUCCGUUACCACAGCCACAUUUGCUAGGGAACCUGUUGUCAUGGAGUCUGUUGCCAUCAAGUCAGCCCCAGUGGCGGGUACUGCCAUGCCGUCUGCCACUUUGCUGCCUGUUGCCACAGAGCCCACUCUUACGGAUAACAUCACUGCAGAGUCUUGUUCUAAGGCAUCCGUGGAAACAGCAUCUGCCUCCAUGACUAAUGUUGCUAUUCCGCCGACUGACCCCUCUGAAAUUGCUCCCUCUCCAGAUCAACAGCCGAGCCCCGCUCCUGCCCAAUGUCUUCCAUUGGCAGAGGAGACGGGUGAGCCCGCCCCGCUGACAGCCCAGGCACAGAAUAGUGCCUCACAAGCCGAGCAGGCCGGCACUGGCGGGGUUACUGUUGUGGAGGUGGACGAGGACGAAGACGACGAAGAAGCAGCAACUGGAGUGAAGGACUCCAGCGCAUCUGUCUGUGGCGUCCCUGUGAAGAGCUACUGGAGCCGCCACUUCCUGGUGGACCUGCUGGCCGUGGCCGUGCCCGUGGUGCCCACGUUGGCAUGGCUGUGCCGGGGCCCGUGCCGCGGUGGACAGCCCAUGUACCACUUCGGGUCCCUCCUCCGAGGCUGCUGCACCGUGGCCCUCCACUCCCUCCGCCGGGGAGGCGGUUUGCGCCACUACCCUGCAGGCGGCGGGGGGCCAGGGGGCAUGAGCAUAUGAUGUUAGCCCCUGAGCUUCAGAGAGGGCCAUGGAGCCCCACACUGCCCUGGCCCAUCAGUUAACCAUCUGAGCUGCUGUCAUUCGUAACAAAAGGUUGGAAGGAGUGAAAGCAGAAAAGGGGAUUCAUCAUUAAUCCUAAUUCCAAUCAUGUCAUGGUAGCGGUAGCCCUUAUCUUUGAGAAAGUAGCCAUGUAUGAGGUUUCCAAAGAAGAGCUGGCAGGACAAGAAGCUGCGGUAUACCUGUACUGCACAUCCGACGGGACUUCUGACUGACUCCACAUAGUUCCCCACACAGAUAUGGCGCAGAUGGAUCCUCCUAGCUGAUUGCGCCUUCAGGUGUGAAGUAAAGGACCGAACAAACAUCCGAUUCUCUGUCUUCCUUUGUUCCUGUCCCUUAGUGCACCCCUCUGGCUGGCAGGGACUAAACCAGGAAGCGGGGGUUGUAACACUGUUUGUGUGCUAAUACGCAUAACUGUGUGUGUUUGUGUUGUGUGCACUGUACAGUGUAGCCAAAGCACCUGUAUGACUAAAGGUGAUCGGGUGCUGUAGUUUACCCAUUAUGCCCAAGUGACUGCAUUUGAUAUAUGACAGUCAUCUUUCAGCUUAUAGAGCCAGGCUGGCUGCUACUGCUAAGCUAGUUAUAUGCUUUGCUUCUGCCACCAGUGUCCUAGAUGGACACUGUCACUGCUAGAACGUAGUCCAUAGGAAGUGUCAAAAACAUUAUUCUCUUAUUCUAAACCCAAAUUAUUAGGAUAUGGUCGAACAACAGUACAGAGUUAGUAUGGAAGAAUUAUUGGAGUUUUUUGUUACAAGUGAAAAGGGUAAGAGGUUAAAAGAUGCACGGAGAACAAGCAAUUAGACAGUUUUGCAACAUUAAAGUUAAACUAAUGAAAAUGGCACUUGCAGGAUUCCAGGUCUAUAAAUGAACCGAGAGGUACUUGUUGUUUUUGCACCUUGAGAAACUGUCAGUGUGCUUAUUCCCUUUACUGCAGCGGUACUUGUAGUAACGUCUUUUUUAGAGUUUUGCGUUACCAAAGUCCUCACUGGAAAUGUUUCCUAUUUCCAUCAUGAUGUGUUGGAAAUGUUCUUUUUUUUCAAUCGCCUCAGUGUGGAGUGACAUUUACUGACAUUGAUUGCACUAAAAUUCACUUUAUCAGCAGCUACUUGAACUUUUAGUCCGUUUUCCUUUGUUUGUAUCUCAGUCAGAUAUUUACGAAGGACACUAUUUAAAUCCCAAGACUCACCUAUUUGUGUGUACCUGUUUUUGCUCCAACCACAUUGUACAAUCUGGUAGAAAUCAUAAUGCAUUGGAUAAUCAGUAAAAUAUAGAUUGUUUAGUUGCAGUAAAUUUCUUUCUCAAAAAUGAGUUGCCUUUCAUUCUACACUCUCCUUCGUCUUAAAAUGUGCAGAUUGAAAUGUUGUCUUGCUGUCCACUAGCUCAUUUCUAUACUGUGGUGUGUGUUAAAUGAGGGUGGGUUUACCAGGCCGUUCUGGCUUGUGUUGUUGCAUUUCUCUCGUGAAACCACGUCAAUCUUUUUGUUGAGGUUUGUGUAAUGGUACAAUAUUCACUGAUAGUUUUACUGUGUAAUUUUAUCUCUGUAUGCUGGCCUCAAUCCAGCUCUUUUGUGGGAGCGUAUGAGACAAUGAAAGUAUGGCAGAUUCUAAAAUAUAUUCAUAAUUUUAAUCUUUCAGUGUCUGUUGAGAUUCCAAAUGACUGGCAAUUGUGUGUCAUUUGUAUGUUCCAGUCUGAUCAAAAUAUGUAUAAGAAUCUGAAUGCUAACUUCAUCAAGUGGUUUUUGAACAACUUGUAAAAACAAACCACAAACCAUUACCUCUAGUUGCUUAGCCACUCAAGGGAACUGUUUAAAUGACUAAAUGACCUUUGAUGCUGUUGCAAAGCCUGAUGUUUGUGCUGAAUUAACAUAUAAGGCCUUGUCAUGCUUUUCUUAAAGCCAUAUUUUGCUGGAGGUGUGUAGGUGGAUCCUGUUUCAUGGUAAAGUUGAAUAAUAAUGUACAUUAUUUACCUUACAUAAUGGACUCCUCAUGUGGUAGUGAGGGGACCAUAAUUUGUGUGUGUGUGUGUAUAUACGUGUAUGCCUGAAUCUUCAAAUUAAGAGUUUUACUGAAUUAGUCUUUGUUCUCUUCAAUGCCUCAUUUAUCCCAGAAUGUGACCUCUGACUGAUAAAUGAAAACAGAUUUAUAGAACACCGCUAAAGCACCACCUCACCCUUCCCAUUACUCUGAUGUGCAUCAAUAGAUGAACCACGUUAUUACAUGCCCUACUUACACAGCAGCCAGGAUUCCACAAACCAACACAUAGCUGUGAAACAUUCUUUAUAUGUGUACUCUAUAAAUAGAAGAGCAAGUAUUAUUAGACACUCUUAUUACCAUAUACUAAUGACACUGCAGUUCAGCAUCAGUCAUACUGCUAUGCUCUGGAUUUUUUUUGUGAUGUGGUAUAACUCAUAAGUUUGAUAUUGUCCCUCACCAUACCACAAAAGACAUUAUGUGUAUUAUGUGUUAUUGGUGGUAGAUGCAAGCUACCUUGCUUGGGUCAAAAUUCACAGAUUAUAUCUAAAUUGCAAUUCUACCACUAUAAUUGAUUUUUUAAGAUUAAUAUAGGUAAUUUCUGUAGUAAUCCAUUAUCGCACUACAUCCUCCAACAUUGUGUAGGGCCUAGUAUUGAAUGAAAAAACUAGUAAGAUUGAUCAUUUUUCCUAUGGAGGUUACAUCACAUUGUACAAAUGUAUUACAUUCACUGAUCAGUAAAUACACCCUGUAAGCCUGGCUGGCACUUUAUGUGCACUUUGCAGGUGUAUCAUUCUACACUGCAAUACCCUUCACUGUUUGUCAGCAACCACAUUCAUCUUUAGCCAGUUUCCACUGUUGACCAUGAAUCACUUUGGACAGCAGAAC